ACCGGUUAUACCGUUAACCAAGGCGGAUUAGCCACCCCAGCGGCUCUGCUUGCCUCACGCACGCUGCUGACUGGUCCAUCUUCGUUCUCUCUCCUCUGUCCAACCUCCUCCUCGCCGUUUCCACCUCACCCGCAAAGAAGAUGAAAAGGGAAAAAGACUGCUCGCUCUCGAUCGCCGAUCCAACACUGCAUCCUCCUCAGUCCUCACAUAUCUAACAUGUUGUCGUCGCAGUGGCUUCACGAGGCGUCCAACUCGUUGCCGUUGGUGCCUGUCAAAGCUUCCUUGCUAUUGAUUGUCGCUGGCGUCGCUGUCGGCCCCCACUAGUCCACCAAGCUUCAGGGGCGUCGCCGUCGACCGCUAGUCGAAGCCCCACCUUUGAAUUUGAAGAGAGAGACGAAUGAUUGUCGGCUCGACGAGACAAUCUCCUCUCAUCGGUCAUUCUCUCCCUCACGCCGUCAAUCUCUACUUCUCGCCGCUCUCCCUUUGUUGGCCUAGCUCUCUCAUCGUCGUCAAUCUCUGCUUGCUCUCCCUCCUCCGUCAACCUCUCCCUAGCCCCCUGCAACCGCUAAGAGCUUAUUUCAAAAAUCAGAUAGAUUUCUCUGUCCUUGUAUAUAGUUGAGCUCUCCAAUUUCCAUCAAUUGCAUAAUUACCCAAAACCAAAUCGAUGAAGGUCUGAGAUUGAUUCAAUAGCCUCGAUUCGGGAGAAAUCAACCACCGGGGGAAAGAGCCACCACUGGGGAAGUAGAUUAGGAGAGGAAGUUUGGCUGGAGAAGGAGAAUUGAUGAUUGAUAGCUUGGGCAGGAAGAGGUAGGGGUGUCCAUUCGGGUUCGGUUUUUAGGGUUUACCCGAAACCGACCUAAUUAUAUACAUUUUCGGUUUUUCGGGUUUGGGUUCGUUUCGGGUUUUGGGUUUUUCAGUUUCGGUUCGGUUUUGCUUAUCGGUUUUUCGGGUUCCGGCUAAAAACCUCCAAUGAAUAGUACUCAGCCCGUAUUUUAAGGCGUUCGGAUUUCGGUUUUGCUUUAACCGAACCCGAACCCGAUAAGGAAUUUUCGGGUUUCGGGUAACCGGAACCCACAAGUCCUUAUCGGAUUCGGGUUCGGUUUUAGUGAUUUUCGGUUUCGAGUUUUCGGGUUUUUUUGUGUUUCGGUUUGGGUAACCGAACCCGACCCGAACUGACACCCCUAGGAAGAGGCGGAGGGAGGUUCCGGAAACCAAAUGGAGAAGAUAGUCUGCCAUCGUAAAAGUAUAUUCCGUAAUGCUUGUCACGAUUUCUCGGUAUAACCGGUAACCGCCUAUCCGGUUAGAAAUCGGUUUCGAUUGCCAAUCUCCAUCUUGACGCUACCGGUAUAUCGUUAAUCGGGUAGUCGGUUACCGGUUAAACUGGUAAAUUACGGAAUACCAGCCCUAACUAUACUGUGAGGAUUUGUUUUUGCAAGAUUUUUUCCCCCUUUUCUUCCCCAUCCGCGGUAAACAAACCCUAAACUUCCGUCCAGUGCCAUUAAUCAACUCCCUCCUACAUCUUUCCGACCAGAACACGAACCUUAAACUUUCGAGCAGAGCUCACUUCAGUUUCCGACUAAUUUCGUUGCCAUCACAUUUGCAAUUGAGCGUUCCUCACUUUCAUUGUGGCAAUAAAUGACAAACAUAAUCAGUUACUGCAUCUUCCGUCAUAAUGCCUUUCGAUUUCAGCUGUCGAAAAUAUCUGGUAAGGCUCUAUUCUCUUCUGCUCGUUUCACUAGCGUCGAUGAUGCCCUAGAUUCAUUUAAUAGUAUGCUCCACGCGAAUCCCAUGCCCUCCAUUGUGAAAUUCGGUCAAUUAUUGACUGCCCUUGUGAAACUGAAAGCCCCUGAGGUUGCGCUUUCUGUGGCCGAACGAAUGGAUUUGGCUGGCAUUCCCUGCAACGAUUACAUACUUAACAUGUUGAUCCAUUGCUACUGCAAAUUGGGUCGCGUGGAUUUCGGGUUUUCGAUUUUGGGCAAAGCUUUUAAACUCGGACUUCAACCAGAUGUGAUUGCUUUCAAUACUCUGAUUGAUGGGCUCUCCAAAAGUGGGAGAAUUCCUGAGGCAGUGGAGUUGUUUAAUAAGAUGGUGGCUUUAGGAUAUAAGCGGGAUGUGGUCACUUAUAACGCGAUUGUAAAUGGGCUGUGCAAGAUGGAAAAAACAGAUGCAGGUCUUAGUUUGCUCAGACAAAUGGAAGCUUUGGGUUGUUGCCCUAGUGUUGCUACAUAUAACACUGUCAUGGAUGCCCUAUGCAAGAAUGGUUUGAUGUCAAAAGCUCUGGAUGUCUUUUCUGAGCUAAAGAAUAAAGGAGUUUCACCAGAUGUUUUCAGCUACAAUUCCUUAAUUCACGGCUUAUGCAUCUCAAGCCAGAGGGCUGAAGCUUUGAGGAUGUUGAUUGAAAUGAUAGAUAGUGACAUCAUGCCUGAUGUAUUCACCUUUAGCAUAUUGGUUGAUGAUUUCUGCAAAAAUGGGAUGAUUUUGCAAGCUAAAGCUGUGGUCAACAUGAUGAUUCAGAGAGGAGUACAUCCAAACAUUGCUACGUACAACUCAUUGCUAGAUGGAUAUUGCUUGAGAAGUGAAGUUGGCAACGCUAAAAGGUUAUUUGACUUGAUGUCCAGCCUGGGAUGCAAGCCUAAUGUUCGUACUUACAGCAUCAUGAUCAAUGGAUAUUGUAAAGAUAAAAGGAUCUCUGAAGCCAACCAGUUAUUUUCUGAUAUGCUUGAGAAGGGUUUGACUCCAAAUAAUAUUACAUUUAAUACUCUUAUUGAAGGAUUCUGCCUUGUGGAAAGGCAUCAAGAAGCACAUGAACUUCUCACGAAAAUGGUUGAUCAGGGUCAAGUGCCAGAUGUUGUGACAUAUAGCAUUUUGCUGUCUAACAUGUGCAAACGAGGUAAGCUAGAUGAGGCGUUGACUAUGUUCGAAUCAAUCAAAAAUAGCAAGUUAAAGCCGGAUGUUCGGAUGUAUAAUAUCUUGAUCGAUAGCCUGUUCAAAACUGUGAAGCGUGGGGAGGAAGCAUGGGCUUUGUUUACUAUCCUCCGCGAAGAUAAGUUCUUACAACCUAAUGUGUACACAUAUAACGUGGUAAUUGGUGGGCUCUGUGGACAAGGUUUGGUCGAUAAAGCUUAUGAUUUAUUUAGAACAAUGGUGGCGAGUGGUUGCGCACCGAAUUCCCGCUCUUAUAAUGCAAUCAUCGCUGGAUUUCUUCAGCACAAAGAUCCACUUGACGCUGUGGAACUCAUUCAUGAAAUGAUUUCUAAGGGUUUCUCCUCUGAUGCUACCACGAUGUCCUUGAUCGUAGGUUUGGAUAAUCCAUAUCUUGAAAAACUUUUAGAUUCCUCAGAUUUGGGUGACGAGGAGAAGCGGCUAAAGGGUUUAUCAACAGAUACAACUCAAGGAGGAUCAUGUGGUACCCAAAAACCUAUUGAAAGUCAUUUUAACCAGGAUGAGCAAGUUACCGAUGGUUGCAGAGGCAUGCAGUGAACAUACAUUGAGAUUUUUGCAUGUACAGUUGAGUUUUCUCCACGGCUGUAAUUGGAAUUCUUACCCAUGAUCGUUGCCACUCUCACUGACUGUGCUGUAUUCUCCCUCUGCUCGCUGUUCUGCGGAAUGUACUGAUCUCAAGGCUCUGCAUACUUGACAGAUUUAAUGCUUGUAGUUGUGAUGUUGCUGUUCAUGUUAACAAUUAUGGCCAUGGAGUAAUACUAGAAAGGUAUGAUAGCUUAGCAUUUUGAAAGCUCAACCUCAGCCGUUUAUGGAGUUGAAAGAUUUAUCUUUUUUCUUGGAUGUUAUCUCGUAUUUUGAAACAUUGAUUUAGUUUGAUGUGCUUAUUUGUCAUGAAUAAGCUCCAACUUUUCAGCUUAUUGAUUCGGUGAUGUUAUGAAGUUGAUUGGAUAUUUCAUUUGUUGAGUAACCUGUGGUGUCUCCUCAUCUGUGAAGAACAGUGCAUCAGUUCAUUUUUUUGUUGUUUCAUUUUCUUUUCAUUUCAUUGGGAAAAAACAAGGACUUUAUUUAGUUGGAGAGGAGGCAAUGCAUCAAUUAUUAGAGCUCCUACUGGAGUCUACUUAUUACUUGGCAAUAAAUUUGGAAGUGGCUUUUGUAUUGUGAACGACAAGCUCUUCUCUCGGCGGUUAGUUGUCUGAUCACAUUUGCCAGAAGAGAAAUCAGUUUUCCUUACUGUUCCCGUAACAAGGAAAAGGAAAGUCACCAUAAAAAAGAGGAAAAGAGAAACGGAAGAGAGAGGAGGACAGGAGACAAGGUCAAGCUUAUCAGCAGCGAGCGGUUCGAGUUCGUGAUCAACAAAGAAACCUCCAUGGUUUCCAGGCAAUUCGUGACAUGCUCCUCCUGGUUUGUUUCUCUCGGCCCCUUCUCUUAGUUUGAUAGUUCCCAAGUCAAAUGGGUUGGAGAGAGUUCCUAUCUGGGAUUUGUUAAUCUGGGUUCGUCGAUUUUGACACAAAAGGUGACGCCUUCUGUUCAAUUGAGUUGAUUGGCGGUGCUAAUUGAAUUUACUAGUGGUGUCUGUUUUAUUUUUUGAAAAGUUGUUGGGGGAUGGCGGGUUGGCGAAAUUCAUUGUAAGCCUGCUUCUGUUCUGUCGUAAAGUUGAUCUCCUAUCAUUUCAAAUGGCAGGGAUUUUCGCUGAGGUGCAACAUGUGAUAUGACUUUCCCUGUGAGAAGCACCACGAUUCUGUAGAAAAUCUGCCAGUAUUUCCACUGUUCUCUUCAGUAUGCUAGGUUCGGUUUCUUUUCUCCCCUUCUCUUAUUUACUCCUUUUGUAUUGUGUUGUUUCUUUCAAGGUCGUCCCUUUCUUCGCUGAAGGUCAUUUGUACAUGAACAUUUUAGUUUGGUUUAGUUUGCUUGCGUUGAAAUCGUCAAUAUUCUAGUUUACCAUCAUUCAUCAAACCAUCUGGCUGACUAAGCAUGUUCUUGUGCUUCUGGAGCAAAGGCGCACUCAGAAGUGGCAUUUCCUUAUGCUUCGUUGACGGUGUACUGGAUAAUCGUUCUCUUAUACAGUUAGCAUUGGUUUCAUCUUCUGGGUCUUUUUUUCCAACUAAGAACAGCAGGGUUCUGGAGUUCUAUGGAUCAUUAUUUCCAUCCGUCAGCUCUGUUUGUUGAGUGGCUUGGCUCAUAGCCCGCACAUUUGAUGCUUUUCUCCUGGAGAUGAAGGCCUGUACUCCCUAUGCCGAGGAACGUUACUCUGAAUAGAGUGGUGCUUGUUUGGACAUUAAGCCCAUUUCUUCAUUCAUGAGCUUUCAGUCAGUUUUAUGAUAAUUGCGUGCAUGUAAUUUCAGGGAUGUAUAAUAUUUGUUAACUGAGUUGUUGAUUAUGCAUGUUCCUCUGCUUUCCCUAUGUUUAAAGAUGACACCAAUAUAGAUUGUAGAUUUUG